GAGCAGUCAGAUCUCACCAAGAUCUAUAAUAAGCUUGUAAGGCCGACGCGGGUCUAAACGGAGAUAAGGAACCCGCGCUCCUGCGUGUCGGCCGAGAACGUGAAAGCUCACCCUUUGAAGGCCGUGUCAGCAAUCUCACCUCGUCUCGCUCAAACCGCUCCGUCCUUGCCUCCGUUACUCGGGAAUCAUACCUUAUGUCUCGACCGAGAGCGUUCGCCCGUCUUCAUGGAACGACAACGCCGCCGCCGCCGGAGACCCGCGCUCUCCUGCAUCGAAUGCCGGCGUCGUAAGAUCAAGUGUGACCGCAACGACCCUUGUGGCCACUGCAUAGCAACGAAUACGCAAUGCACAUUCAAAAUCUUUGGUGACGAUCUAGCUAGGGAUUCAGGGGAUUUGGGGAGCAGCACGGCACAGAUUGAGCCCGCGCCAUCACCUCGGACUUUACGGGUCGGUGUGAAUGCGCCAGCUGCGGAUCAACAAAGCGAUUGUCUGUUCGUAUCGCCGGCCGCGGAGAGUCCGCCACAUUCUAGACCUAGCACGCAUGCUGCUGGACCUGAGAGUACUACUAGGCGACAGGGUCUUGGCCAACAACCUCCAGGACCAAGAUCGCAGGCUUCGGCCGGCACAGCACUCAGCAGUCUCUCGGACACUGGACAAAGCAUUCUGGCAAGCCAAUUUGGUCUGGAGGCAGGGAAAAUCCUCUUGAACAAAACGAGGACGUUGCGUUCCAGUCACUGGAUGGGAAUGGCUGAAGAGUUUAGUUGCCUGAAUUCUUGUUACAGGGCCAUCACCGGCGAAAGCACCCAAGAAGCAUGGCUGCAGGAUGAAGAAACCAAGGCCUCGAUUGCCCACAUUCAAGAACUGUUGAGGAAAUGCAAGACAAUCACAAGAAGUCUGAAAAUCGGAAGGCCGAGCAGGUCCUUGUUUCCAACCCUGUCCGAUCUCCUCCCACCUACUCGCGAUGUGGCCGACAAGCUGGUCAAGCUUUACCUGGAAUCCUUUGAGCCACUUAUGCGAAUCCUUCAUAUACCUUCAUUCUGGGCUGAGUAUGAAAAGAUUGCCGAGAGCCCCGAUACGGCCAAACCCGCCAGCCUCUUCAAGGUCCUCCUCAUUAUUGGGCUGGGAUCAUCCCUGACACCAGAGCCAGACCCAGCGUUUCGUAUCAGGGUCCAACAAUGGCUGCAUGCUGCGCAGAUAUGGCUUUCGGGCCCUCUGGAAAAAGACCGGUUAAGUAUUUCUGGGAUACAAAUCUUUUGUCUCACACUCCUGGCACGGCAAGUCUUUGCCAUCGGAGGGGACCUCGUUUGGACGUCGACCGGAUCUCUCCUCAACAGGGCUAUGCAGAUGGGUCUACACCGAGACCCUAAACAUCUACCGCCCAUGUCUCCUAUACAAGCCGAGAUCCGUCGGAGACUUUGGGCGACCAUUCUGGAACUUACUCUACAGUCGUCUUUGGAUGCGGCGAUGCCCCCAAGGAUUUCCCUGGAGGAGUUCGAUACAAAAGCACCAUCCAACGUGGACGACGAUGAAAUCAGCGAGUCCACCAUGGCUAUACCACACCACCCGAAAGAAACGUAUACUGUAUCUUCAAUGCAGCUGGUUCUUCUCGAGUCUGUGCCCACAAGGCUGAAAGUCCUGAGGGCUCUCAAUGGCCUACACGCCGAGAUCUCCAUCGAAGACGUACUCGCCCUUAGCGCAGAACUAACCAGAGCGCUUCAAAAAUGCGGUCAAAUCAUACAAAGGAACAAGAGCAAGGGAUUGCAUUCGUUUCAGAGCAAUCUUAUCGACUACCUUGUGCGUCGAUUCAUGAUUCCCCUACACUGCGCAUUCGCCUGUAAGGCGCGCACGAACCCACUGUUCCAGUCUUCUCGCAAAAUCUGUCUUGACACGGCCCUGUCUCUCCUGUCCCAUGAGACAGAUGACAAGUUUUCGCGUCUCAUGGCCGUAGGCGGCGGCAUGUUUAGAGAGGGCAUCCGAUAUGGCUGCAGCGUCAUCGGCCUGGAGCUCAUCGCCGAGACCGAAUCGCAACACAAGGAUGGGACGCUGCACCGAGCUUCAGCAUACAGGAAUAUGCUCAAACAGAGUCUCAAAGACUUGAUUGCGCUGUCCGAAGAGAGGAUCCGCCAGGGGGAGAACAAUGUCAAAAUGCACAUGUUCCUCAACAUGAUCCUGGCACAAGUAGAAGCAAUGGAAGAGGGAAAGCCCAUGGAGUACACAAUGGUAAAGGAAGCACGGGAAAGUCUGGAAUUUUGCUACGAGCUCCUGCAGGCGCGCGCUUCCACCAUUCCUUUGCCAACGCCAAACGUCCAACUUGAAGAUCCGUUAGGACCGUUGCCGGGUAUAGGUGAUUGGCAGACGGAAGCAGACUUUGCGGGUUUCUUCCUAACCAGUACAGCGCUUUUCUGAGUCCCAAACUGUAAUGGAUCUCUCAAUGGUUAAUUCCGUUGGUCAAUGUCAGGGGCUGCGGAGAUUAUCGGCCCUACUACUCCAAGCCUUUCGGUCGAGACGACGGUCGUAAGCGCGGAUGUAACGCGCACUUCUUCUCAGUAUGACCAGAGUCCGUGAUAUCAGUGCUAC